GAAACACGUACACGCGUUUUCUGUUGUUUCGAGACACUGACAGAAAGAGAAAGACAAAGGAAAACAUGAAGCUUUUACUGCAAGUCGUUGGGAUAGUCGUGCUGGUGACGGCUGGAGUUAGAGGCCAGAGCAUCGACGAGUGCCUGCAGAAGGACAGCAUUUCCUGCGUUCAGAAGACGCUCUUCAGGAAAGCCAAGGAGUUCUUCGGAAGGGAGAGCUUCCAGCUGGUCAACGGGGUGAGUUUGGUCAAGGCCAAGGAUGAGGGAAGAGGAGCCAGAAGUGGAAAGGACCUGGUGUACGAGCAGGAGGUCGAGAAAGCUGCCGGUGUCGCCGAGAGACAGAGUGCACUGGAGAACUUUGUCGGGGAAGAGGUCAGCGAGUUCCUCACUGGACGCAGUUUAAAGAUCAACUUUGCCCCAGUUUUCCAGAAAAUCGGCGAAUCAGCCCGUGCCGUUAGCGGUUCUAUCCCCGCAGAGGUCAGACAGGCCGUCGACGAAGUCGUUGAAGGUCGAGGCAAGAAGAAGCUCCUGAAAACCAUCAUUCCCCUGCUGCUGGCGGUGAAGGUCAAGAUCGGCGCUCUGGCCACCCUGGCCUACUUCGGCAUCGCACUCCUGGCCAAGAAGGCAAUCCUGGCCUCCAUCAUCUCGAUCGCCAUCUCAGCUUUUAUCGGACUCAAGGCCCUCUGGGCUCACAAACACGCUCUGCACCACGAUACCACCGGCUACAGCGCUGGAUGGAGCUCGGGUGUCGGCGCAGGUUGGCCCGCUCCAGUGGCCUCCAGUGGAUGGUCGUCCGGAGGCUCCGGGUGGGAGGAUACUCACGGAGCUUACUCGGCGCAGAAUCAAGCGUACUCUGGGUACCAUCGUAAAUAGGGGAGAGAUUGAACUGCUGAUGGAUGAUUGAGAGAGUUAUCUCGUCUUCUUGCGGAGUUAUUUAUUUUUAGUACGGAAUGAUCGGCUGAUUAGUUUGACACGGUUAUUUAUUUUAUUUAUUCUUUUGAAAAAAUUGUUAGUAGAAUAGCAUUUUAGAAAAUUAGCAAUGACCGCACUACAAUGCCACGUUUGUUUUCGGUGGAAUUUGUCCGAAAUAGAUCGUCGAAUGAAUUAACUAGGACAAUUAAAUAAGUAGAUGAAAAAGUGUCAGACUGAAGCCGAUUCAUACGUAUAAGUUGACUAUAAUCAAAAGCCGAGAAGACGGCGUCUGAGUUUGAUACGUAAUGGAGAAAAAGAAUAUUUAUUAUAAUUAUUUCUAUUUAUUACUAUGAUAAUAUUAACACUAUUUAUCGGUGUAGCGCCGAGCGUUACACUUCAAUGUAAAUAACUUCACUUAUACCUCUAUACAAUUACGUAUAAUGUAACGAUUACUGUACCUUCUUUAUGUAUGCAUUCAAUUCACUGUACAUUGCGUUCAUCGAAGCGCGUCAUCGACAGACUGUGUCACAUUGUUGUAAUGUAUCCGUGUCACCUGUUCCAAACUAAGUUGCAACGUAGAGUAGCGACUCUUGACUCGUUCUCCUUUUCCAUACAAUUUUUCGGACAUCAUUAAGGUGCACUAGUUAACGUAGCGAGUCGUUUAUCCGACCGACUGUGCGCACUAUUACCGGCGUGGAUCAUAUGCAUUAUUAUAUUGUAUACACAGACGGGACGUUAUAGCAGAAUUGUUCAAUCAAACCGAGAGGCUAGUCGUUACCGUUGUCCUCCUUGUCUUACACUUAUAUACCUCCCAAUG